AUGCCUCAAUUAUCUUUUAUCUUGCCAGCACUGCUGCCCGUAGUCUAUGCCCAGUGGGGCGCUCCAGCACAAGGAGGACGGCCAUCCUGGGGCCCACCCGGUGGCCAAGGCUGGCAGCCAGAUCAAGGUCCAGGCGGCUAUGACUGCAAGGAGCAGCCUUUCAAGCAUGUCAUUACGAUCUCGGUGGAUGGUCUGCACUCCAGCGAUGUAGGCAAGUGGGUUGCAUUGAGCCCCAAUGGCAACAUUUCGCAGCUCCUCCAGCAUGGAUACGAAUACACGAAUGCCUGGACAACAGCGCCAUCCGACUCUUUCCCAGGUUCCAUGGCUCAGUACACCGGAGCCACGCCACCCACAACUGGCGUCUGGUACGAUGAUACCUGGGAUCAUAGCUACUACGCUCCCAGCAGCGGCUGCGCAGGUGCACCUGGAGCCGAAGUUGUCUACGAUGAGAGCAUCGACUACAACUCUACGCAGCUCUUCUCGGGUGGGAUUGACCCAGCCAAUCUGCCAGAAGCCAUCAUCAAUGGCAAGUGUACUCCCAUCUACCCACACAAUCGUCUGCGUGUCGGUACAACAUUCGAGGUUGUCACAGCGGCUGGUUUCCAGACUGCGUACACCGACAAGCAUCCGGCGUACGAUAUCGUCCGUGGGCCAAGCGGCACAGGUCUCACAGUAGGCUACUUCCCGGAGAUCGCGGCUGUCGGACCCACCGUGGCGGAUACCAUCGCCUACGAUCAACUCCAUGUCAAUGCCUGGCUGGACUGGCUAGACGUCACAACACCCGUGAACACAACUGUAUACAACGGCUCUUUGACCCAGAUCCCGACUCUCUUCGGUGGCAACUUCCAGGCCAUGUCCGUCGCACAGAAGACCGUGGGCUAUGCCAACGACAGCACCUCCUCUUUCUCUGCCGCUGAAGUCCAGGCCAUGACCUUCAUCGAUGCCUCAAUUGGUGCCGUGGUCAACAAGCUGAAGGCCAAGAACAUCUAUGAUGAUACCCUCAUUGUGGUCGCCUCAAAGCACGGCCAGGCUCCCAUCAACCGCACGCUCUUCAACGAGGUCAACCCGAAGUGCAUCUCAGGUGCCGUCGGAGUACCAACUCAAUUUAUCACCUUCGAUGACAUCGCCUUGGUCUUCCUGAACAACUCCGCAGACACCAACACCGCUGCUGCAAACCUCCAAGCCGCUGCAUCCAAGUGCAAGAUUCGCAGCGUGAUCUACGGCCAGAACCUGACCGCAUCUGGUUUCGGAAACCCUGCUACUGAUCCGGCCGUACCCAAUGUCAUCGUCCAGCCCGAGCUCGGCGUCAUCUACACCACCAGCACCGCGAAGGUGGCAGAGCAUGGUGGUAUCAGUACCGAUGAUCGCGUCGUGGCGUGCUUUGCAAGCAGUCCCAAGCUCCAGAAGACCGUGUUCAGCCAACGUGUGAACACUACACAAGUGGCUGCGACGUCUUUGCAUGCACUUGGCUUGCAGCCACAGGCAUUGGCUGGUAUUAGGGAUGAGCAGACCCAGGUCCUGCCGGGCUUCUCGUGA